UUCAAAGCUACUGAAAGACUUCCUUUUCACAAUAACUAUGGUCUCCAACAUUGACUAUGACUAAUAGAUGGCAAAGUAGUUCUUUCUUUCAUCUCAUUCUUCAAAAAACUCAGGGAGAGAGAGAGAGAGAGAGAGGGAGGGAGAGAAUGGUUAUUCAAUUGGUGCAGCAAAUCACCAUAUUGUUCUUGCUAAUUGGAGCAUCAUCAGCAUCGGCAGCAUCACUAGCAAGGCCUGGUUGUCAUGACAGAUGCGGAAAUGUUAUCAUUCCCUACCCAUUUGGAAUUGGAGCCAAUUGUUCUGCUGAUGAGUCGCUUGAGAUAAGUUGCAACAAUUCUUUCACCCCACCCAAACCUUUCAUCACCGGCAUCAACCUUGAGGUGCUUGAAAUCUCGUUUUCAGAAAGCACUGUCCGCGUCAACAACCCUGUAAUCUCUUCUAAUUGUGAAAACAGGACCAAUAAUCAAGAUGUGUACUUGAAUGGCCCUUUUUCCUUCUCAGACACCAACAACCGAUUCACGGCCAUGGGUUGUGACAACCUCGCCUUGAUCACCCGGCAAGGAAUGGUCAUUGGGGGCUGUAUGUCCCUAUGCAAUGUUACUACAAGAGAUACAACUUGCUAUGGCCUCAACUGCUGCCAAACCACAAUCCCUCCAUUCCUCAAGUUUAUCAAUGCAUCUUUCAGAAGCAUAGAUUCAAACAGUGAUAAUAAAGAGUGCAAAUAUGCCUUUAUGGUGGACCAAGAAUGGUUCACUAACCUGACUGACCCCUUUGCCGUGCAGGAAAUGGAGAAGGUCCCUGCUGUGCUGAAUUGGUACACAAUUGGGACGUGCCAAACAUUUGGAGUCUACAAUUCCAGUGUGCCUGAUAGCUCAUUAUGCGGCACUAAUGCUUCCUGCAGUUCCACUUCCAAUCAAAGCUCAAGUUACCGAUGCCAGUGUGACCUCGGCUAUGAAGGAAACCCAUAUCUGCCUGAUGGAUGCCAAGAUAUCAAUGAAUGUGCGAUGAGUGAUAUCAAUCGCUGUGAGAUGAUCUGUGAGAAUACACCAGGGAGUUACAAGUGCCAUUGUCCACCUGGGUACAUAUCUAUUGGAUAUAGUUGCUAUAAACUCAAGGACAAUGAAGGCAACAGAGUUCGGAUCAUUAUUAUAGGUACUAGCACAGGUCUCGGAAUACUAUUUUUACUUAUUGGUACAUGGUGGAUGAUUAAACUAGUGAAAAGAAAAAGGGAAAUUAAGCUCAAGGAAAAAUUCUUUAAACGAAAUGGGGGUUUGUUAUUACAACAACAAUUGUCUUCAGGUGAAGGUAACUUUGAGAAAACCAAACUCUUCACUUCGAAGGAGUUGGAAAAAGCCACUGAUCAGUUUAAUGAGAACCGUAUACUAGGUCAAGGAGGCCAGGGUACUGUUUACAAAGGCAUGUUGGCAGAUGGAAAAAUUGUAGCAGUUAAAAAGUCCAAAAUAGUGGAUGAACGCAAACUUGGACAAUUUAUUAACGAGGUGGUCAUUUUAUCACAAACUAACCAUAGAAAUGUAGUCAAGCUACAUGGAUGUUGUUUGGAGACAGAAGUACCUCUGCUUGUUUACGAAUUCAUCCCUAAUGGAACCCUUUUCCAGUAUAUCCAUGACCAAAAUGAAGAGUUUCCUCUUUCUUGGGACACUCGUGUUCGGAUUGCUAUAGAAGUUGCAGGAGCUCUUUCCUAUCUACACUCGGCAGCUUCCAUACCCAUUUAUCAUCGAGACAUCAAGUCCACAAACAUACUGUUGGAUGAUAAAUACAGAGCAAAAGUGUCCGACUUUGGUACUUCAAGAUCAAUUGCGGUUGAUCAAACUCACCUAACCACAAAAGUACAGGGAACCUUUGGAUACUUAGACCCUGAGUACUUCCAAUCAAGUCAGUUUACAGAGAAAAGCGAUGUUUAUAGCUUUGGAGUAGUUCUUGUUGAGCUCUUAACUGGACAAAAACCGGUGUCAUCAAUCAGAUAUGAAGAAUGGCGAAGUUUAGCAACAUAUUUUAUGUUGGCAAUGAAAGAGAAUCGUCUAUUUGAUAUUCUUGAUGCUCGAGUUGUGAAAGAGGGUGGGAAAGAAGAGAUCAUGCAAGUCGCUAAUCUUGCAAAAAGAUGCUUGAACUUGAAUGGGAGAAAAAGGCCUACAAUGAAAGAAACUGCAAUGGAGUUGGAAGCAAUUAGAAUGUCAAAUGGAGCAUCUACUACUCUACAAAACUAUGAAGAAGUUGAAUGUCCUGUACCUGAACUCAAUGGUCCUUGGGAUGAUGCUUCAACUUCGAUGGGAUCUUAUCUGGAUAUUAAUGUAUCAUCAUCUUUAGAUGUCCAAUAUAUGUUGUCUAAGUAAACAUGAUCAUUUAAGGUUUUGUUUUUUGGUAUGUGACGAGAAAUACUCUUUAA